AUUGUACCAGGUGGUGGAGAAAGGCACAGGGCCUCGUCCGGAGGUGAGUGCGGGUGUACGCAUACGCUAUAAAUACCAACCAAUCGAAUCACUCGACGUGGAUGCCGUGGGCAAGAUGGACCUCGACCAUAUGCCGUGGCAAUGUGAUAGCGACACCUUCGCGAAGGCAGGACAGGACAAAUCCAGCCCUGAUUUCCAGGGCGGGGACGGCCGUAAUCCCGAGUUCCGGGUCGGCGAAGGGGAUGUGAUCGGUGCGUGGGAUCUGAUGGUUUCGUUGAUGAAUGAAGGAGAGAAGGCCUAUGUAAUUGCUACCGCUGCCUACUGCUGGAGGUUGCCAGGCCUCCCACCCCACAUCCGGCCCAACCAGGACAUGCUGUUCUUCAUCGACCUGCAGACAAUCACCCACGGCCCUCUAGACAUGAACGCCAUGGACGCAGCCCAGCGCACACACAUCGCCGAGCAGAAGAAAGCGCGCGGCAACUUCUUGUACAAGCGAGGAGACUACGACGGUGCCAUACGCACGUACAUCCAGGCACUCAGGAUAGUCAGCCAUGGCACAGUACACUCGCCUGACGCAGACAGAGACGACGACGAGGUGGUGGUGGCCAGUGCUAACCGCAGCAAGCAGAUGAUCGCGCUGCAUCUGGCGGUGUUGAAUAACUUAUCGCAGGCGCAUUUGGUGACACGGUCAAUCGACAAGGCGCGUAAAAUCUGUGACGAAGCACUCGAGAUUGACGAAAACAAUAUCAAGGCCUUAUACCGAUCAGGAUGUGUCUACUUGGAGAUGAAGGCGUACAGUGAGUCGGCGAGAGACUUCAGCCGUCUGCUGACAUUGGACAGUGGCAAUACGGAUGCGAAGAACAAGCUCAAAUUGGUGAACAAACGGAUUCAGAAAGAGAAAGUGGCAGAGCGAGCAUUAUAUACCGCUAUGAUGGGCAAGAACGAUACCGCCGUUAAGCGCAGAAACGCACCGAAGAAAGACGACCAAGCCGCAACAGUCCACACUCGCAUUGCACCAGGCACAGACACCUCAGAUACCGAACACGCACCCAAGAGCAACGGACAGGAACCGGACACCAAUGGAGAUGCCGCAGAUCAUUCCGCGUGUAUGCCUGGGGAUGUAGGUAUGCCUGGGGAUAUAGGUAUGCAGGGAGUGGGUGGACAAGCGAGUGCCGAGGGUGUACCGCAAGAGGGCAGGCGGACUCCGCCCAAGAGCUCGUCACCGCUCACGCUCGUUUCGUCACUCAAUGAGAAGACAAAGCACAGGAAAGAAACUCGAAACGUUACCUUCCACGAGACUGUCAGUGACAACCCGGCUGCUGGGAAGGAUGUCCCAAUGAACACACGACAAAGGAAGUCCAAACGGAAUAGACCAGUGGAGACGGAUUCGACCUUGGACUGGUUUAUGGUUCUGUACAGUGUAGUGGUGGUGAUAUUCAUGGUCCUGGUGAUCUACAAUGUGUACCAUAUGGAUAAGAUGCACAGCAGCAAACUGCUUGACAAAUACCGAUAAGAUGUGCACGCCGUUGAAUAAACCGGAUGUCAGAAUGGCGC